AUGAACGAGUGUUCCAAAGCCGUCUUGUCCCCGACACGGGAGGGCUGGGUCAUCGAAGUUUGGAAGGGGUAUAUCUAUAUUGUGGAUGAUAUCAUCGACGGGUCCGAGAUUCGGCGCGGACGGCCCUGCUGGCAUCUCCUACUGCCAGGCACUGGGCUGCAAGCCCUGAACGACAGCUGCAUCCUCAAGUCGCUCGUCCACCUGGUUCUCAGGCGGUUCUUCCACAACAAAUCGGCCUACCCACGGCUGAGUGAUGUCAUGCAGGAGAUUACCUAUCUUACCGAGCUGGGCCAGAAUAUGGACAUCAUGAUGUCUCAGCAGAAGAUCCGGCGCUCUGGACGCGGGCCGAGUACGAAUGCAUGGCCACCCUCAAGUGCGGCUAUGCUGCCUACUAUCAGCCCGUGGCUUACGCGCUUCAUUACUUGGAUCUGGCGACGCCGCAUAAUGUGA